CAUGCAGUCAUGGCAAACUGCAGUUCAGUGUAGUUUUGUCGAAUUAGGGUUUCCAGAUUCUGUUUUCUCGAGCUCUGAUCUGCUUCGCUUCGCAGCGAUACCUCGAUCGUGAGCAUUCUAUGCAGCUCAAGCUCACGGGGGAGCAUGGAAGCCACCGAUGAAUUCCUGCGUUUCGAAGAAACCAUGGAUUUUCACAAGACGGAGUUAAGGAGGCCAGAGAUGCGCUGCAGAGGGCCACUCCCUUCGUCGAUGCUUUGGGUUGAUCAGCUUCGGAAGUGUGAUGGAUCGGGUGAUGGGCUUGGGUCUGAGGCUGCAAAAGGUGCGGGUGGUUUGGUCCAGAAACCUGUGGAAAAUUCUGCUGGUAUGAAGGUGCAGCGUCUUGCGAAGUAUGGAUUUCUUAGGAUAUGUCACGAGCAAAUGCCAUCCUUUUUUCUGCUGCCUAUUUAGCGGAGAAGUCGUAUAUAGGAUCGCCUGAAAUAUAGUUGCAACGAAGAUGAAAAUCCUCGUAUUAAAUAGAGGAGAGAACAGGUGUACUCCAGUAAGGAAUAUUUGAAUUGUGAAUUUAGCUUAGGUAGGGCCAUAAUGCAUCUAUUGCCUUUCCCCUUAUUUCAUUCAAGUUUUAUAAGUGGGAUUUACCUGUUAGCGAACAUACAUAUGUUGAUGCUGGCGAGCUUUUGUGUCUCAUUUAGAGUUUCUGUUAAGAUUACUUGCUGCAACUUGACAAUGGUUUUGGGUUGAAGAUGAAUUAUGAAGACUUCUGUCAUGUUGCCUA